AUGGCGACAAGCGCACCUCUUUUGGGUGACAAGAAGAAGGGCGGCCACUCCAAGGCAUCCAUUUUCUAUGGUGCCGAUGAGUACUUGCAGGAGCUCAAAAAGAAGUACGAGCACGACCACGAAAUCGCUGCGUUGAAGAACCUGCUGCCAGGUGAAGGUGACCCCAAUGCAGCUGGCGUUGCGGCCAGCCAGGACAAGAUGUUGAAGGUUGAGAAGAACAACGAGAACAGGAGUUUGAAGACCAAUCGGCUCUUCCCCACAGCCAACAAGCCAGACCCAAUGCCUCAGAACUUGGCGUUCUUGUUCACCAAAAUCACCCCGGAGCAGAUGAUCUACAUGUGGAACGUCCUGACAGCCAUCUUCGUGACUCAAGUGCUGAUGAUCCUCGGCUACUGUGCGGCCCUGGCUACUUUCCCUGAGCAUUGGUGGACCUGCACUUUGUGCUUUGGCAUCCCCUUCUCCUACAUCGCGAUCCAACAGAUCUACAUCGAUCACGACGUGAUGCACGGGGCGACCUUCCCUGUCUACGACUUUCAGAAGUUCUUGACCCAUCCCUUUGCGGAUUUCUUCUCCCUGCCCUGGGAGGAGUUCGUCCUGGAGCACAAUCGCCACCACGCCAGCACCGUGGAUUUGCUGAUCCAAGGUGAGUUCGGCUGGGAUCCUGAGGAGUUCCACUAUGCCUUGCAACAGUGGGCUGGACCUUUCAGCACCAACUGGUACAAGUACAUCUUGACCGUGCCAUGGAUUCCUGUGAUCCACUUCUUUGGCUUGAACGAUACUGGCUCCCUCUUCGCUUUGGAGUGGUGGAUGCACUUCCCAGAUGAGGGCGCAGGUGGCAAGUGCAACAAGGCGCAAUGCGCGCGCCACUCGGCCACAACCACGCCCCCAGAAGAGAAGAAGAAAGAACAGCCCAUAAAGAUCCACGGAUCGGCCCUCGUACGGGUUGCGACGCAUGCCAGGUUGGAGGGUGGUGGCCUGCUUGGGCCCUUCAGGAGCGUGCUGAUCAUUGGGUCGCGCCGCGCCGCGCGCCCUCGACUUCUGGAGCAAAUGGGUACCUCGGCGCAUGAAGCACAAUGGUUUUGUGCUCAGCCUCUGGGCCUGCGUCUGGCUCUUGGGGACCUAUCCUUUGGGCCGGCCCCUGAGCGAGGGAUGGAGGAGCUGAGCUGCAUGAUGGCAAUUCUUCCUUGCUUGGCAGUGACCUGUGCGGUUUGUUGCGGCAUGGCACGUGUCAAAGGUGGUGCAGAAGGCUUUUGGAGAGAUCUCCUCUUCACACCUCGAAGCCUCGGCGCAAGCAGUCAGAGCGGAAAUUGGUGGUUCUCUCUGGAACGCAAGAAGGGCAAGCUAGGCACAGGCUCACGUUUCUGGAGUUCAGAAACCCAGACAAACGUCUAUGGACUGAAAACCUUCGCCGAUGGCUCGAAAGUUCCAGUGCAAGCUCGAGACCUGGCGCCACAGUGUGAAGUCAUCACAACGUCCACAGUGGAGGCUUCAGUGGUGGUCAUCCAGCACCAAGCAAAUCGGUGUCAAUUGGGUGGCUUGAUCGCGGUGUCCAACAUGCCUGCUUGCACAGCCUUCAUCGCCAUUUCAUGGCAGUUGAGCCCUGCCAAGGGACAGCAGCCCCUGCCUCUGCCAGCAGCCCUUUCCAAAGGACAUCGACGCGUGAGAAACCCAUGUCUCCAAGCCAGAGAAGACGAACAAUGUCGGUUCAUGUUCACCGUGUCCUUCUUUGCUCGCAUCGGCUUUUCAGCAGCCUGGAUGUUCAUCACCAACUUCACUCACUCUUUGCCUUGGAACGAGUUCUUGGCACAGGACCCUGGCCGCACUUGGCCUGUGCUCCACAACAUCAUGGCCUUGGUCUUGGGUGGCAAGCACCGCUGGAAUGAGAUGUUGUUCCAUGACGUGCACCACGCCUUCCCCAACGCCGUGGGCACGCUGAGCCAACGCGGCCGCUUCCACGGCUGGGAGAAGGUCCACGACGCGGCGGCCGAGGUGCUGCACCGUGGCCUCUGGAAGCCCAACGGGGAUGAGGAGAUCCUGGGGAAAACGGAACGGCAACGGAAGGGGGAAGACAUGGAGGUUUCAUGA